AUGACGAAACCACAGGAAACUCCACGGAAGGAAAAUGUUCUUCAGGUGCCGAGCUCUUCCCCUAUAAACGUGAGAUCUUCUCCCGUGCUGACUUCUGCCAUGCCGCCUAGCAUCAACGAGAGUAGAUCAUCUGAUGAGAGGCAUAAGGAGGAGGUGAGAAAACGAUUCUACUCACACAAAAAUUGGCCGAUUAUUAGCAAGCGCUUUUAUUACUUAAAUGAGGGCGAGCUUUUCAAGGCUAUGGUGAAAGGAAAGGGAAAUCUACGCGAUAUCAGCCAGUGGCUAGCUGAGAAUCACAAUUUGGGUAGCCGAAUGAAGCAAUUUGACGAUGCCAAGAGGAAAAUGCAAGCUGCUGAUGCAGAGAAUCGAAAACAAGUGCUUUCAAAAUUUUCGCCGAAUGCAGUUUCAAACCAUCAAGAUUAUCCUGUUUCAUCCGAAACGAAAGUAGAAGUUGGUGCUCCGGUUGAAAAUGCAACUAGAGAAUCGCCUGCUACUCCAAUUAAAGAAGAAUAUGCAGAUGAAGAUGCAUCACCCAUCAAAAUUGCUGGAAAGGCUCGCCAGAAGAGAUCGCUAUCGGCCAUUGACACGGUGAAGGCACCAGACACCAAGGUGCAGCUUCUGAAACCAAAGGUGUCCAUCUUGGAAAAGUAUAGGAACCGGCAACAGAUGCGGAUUGAUUCGAUUUUCAAAAAUCCACCAGAGUUGGAGGACCGCAAGAAAAGAAGACUUGUACGUGCAAAUGACAUGUACGUUGCUACGCCCGAACCCUCCUCUGCGUCACCGCCUAUUUCUUUGGGCAAUCCUGGUGCUCUUACUUCUGCCUUUGGAUAUUCCGAUGACAGUAUCCCCAGGUUGAAAAACAAUGCGCCUCAGUUGGGUGGUACUGGCGAUAUUGAUGAGUUGGAGAGGUUGGAAGAGAGAAUUAAGGAGAAUAAGAGAAAGAAAAAGGGUUCUAAAGUUGUGGAUAGCGACGAAGAGUUGGAGGAUGAGGUCUUUAGUGACGACAUGUCCGCUGAAGACGACGAGGGCAUGUACUCUACUGGACUCACCAGUAUUGAUGGUCAAAUUUUGGAUUUUUUAAACAAAGCUCCUAUCAAUGAUAUUGUUGAAAUCUGUAAUAUUCAACCCAAUGUUGCAGAAUUAUUGAUUUCCAAAAGGCCAUUUAAUACUAUCUACGAAGUUGCUGAAGACAGGUUUGAACAGGAUACUCCUGAACCUGAAGUGAAAAAGAGAAACCAGAGGAAAACUUUAGGCAUGAAGAUAGUCGAGAGUACGGAAUUCAGCUUGAAGGGUUAUAGAGCAGUUGAUUCAUUGGUGAAGAAGUGUUCAGAGUAUGGAAACUUGAUAUCGCGCCAAAUGAGUAGGUGGGGUGUCAAAGUUACAGGAGAAGGAGAGUUAAGCAUGGUGGAUGUCGAAGUGGAUGACUUAGAAAAGCCAAAUAAUGAUGGAGACGAUUAUGAUGAUGACGAUAUCGGCUCAAAAAAGAGAAAUCUCCCUUAUGUCAAACAUAAGCCUACGCUUCUUGCUCCAGAAAUAGAAUUGAAGACGUAUCAGCAAGUUGGUAUUAACUGGCUCAAUUUGCUAUACCACAAUAAUCUUUCAUGUAUCUUAGCCGAUGAAAUGGGGCUUGGCAAAACAUGUCAGGUUAUUUCAUUCAUGGCAUAUUUGAAAGCAACCUCUGAAAAGAAACGUCCUCACUUAGUGGUUGUACCAUCAUCUACAUUAGAAAAUUGGCUAAGAGAAUUCAACAAAUUUUGUCCUGAUUUAAUUGUUCAAGCAUACUACGGCUCUCAACUGGAGCGUGAAGAUUUGAGAUAUGAGUUACAGGAAACUGAAUUUGAUGUUCUUGUCACUACUUACAAUUUGGCCACGGGUGCACCAUCGGACUUUAAGUUUUUGAAGAAUCAGCAUUUCGAUAUGAUAGUUUAUGAUGAGGGUCAUAUGUUGAAAAACUCGAACAGCGAAAGAUACAAUAAGUUGAUGAGGUUAAAGGCAGACUUCAGAUUGUUAUUGACAGGUACGCCUUUGCAGAAUAACUUGAAGGAGCUUGUCUCUUUGUUGGCUUUUAUGUUACCUCAAUUGUUUGUCGAAAAACGUGAAGAUUUACAAGGGCUUUUUAAUAAGAAAGCUAGUGUGGAUUCAACAAAGGAUUAUAACCCAUUACUUUCUCAACAGGCAAUUAAUAAAGCGAAGACGAUGAUGACCCCAUUUGUCUUGCGGAGAAAAAAGGCCCAAGUGUUAAAGUAUUUGCCUAAGAAGCACCAUGAUAUAGUGAGAUGUCCUAUGACUCCAACCCAAAGAGCUAUCUAUGAUGAGUACAUCGAAAAGGGAAAAUCUACUAAACUUGAAAGGGAGCGGAGGAAACAGUUAACGGGUAAGGAUGCGGAAUUGGCAAGAAAGAGUCCCGUUGCUUCAUCGUCUAACGUUAUGAUGUCAUUGAGAAAGGCAUCUAUGCAUCCUCUUCUUUUUAGGAAGAACUACACAGACGACAUGUUGAAGGAAAUGUCCAAAAGAAUCAUGAAGGAACCCGAGUACGUUAAUGCAAGCCGGGCUUACAUCGAGGAAGAUAUGCUGGUGAUGAGCGACUACGAACUUAAUGCCUUAUGCGAAAAAUUCCCAAAUACAUUAUCCAGUUACGUGUUGGACAAGGAAAAAUGGCAUGAUAGUGGAAAGGUUGCCAAACUUUUGGAUUUAAUUAAGCAAACUAUCAUGAAGAAAGAGAAGAUUUUGGUUUUUUCCCUCUUCACUCAGAUGCUCGAUAUUCUCGAAAAAGUUUUAAGUUUCGCUAAUAUCAGCUUCUUGAGACUUGAUGGACAAACUAGUGUUGAUACAAGACAAGACAUUAUUGAUCGAUUUUACGAAGAUGAGGAUAUUCCCGUGUUCCUCCUAUCAACAAAAGCUGGUGGAUUUGGUAUCAACUUGGUUGCUGCCAACAAUGUGGUAAUAUUCGAUCAGUCUUUUAAUCCCCAUGAUGACAAACAAGCGGAAGAUCGAGCACAUCGUGUUGGCCAAACUAAUGAGGUGAUGGUCACCAAACUCAUAUCAGAAAAUACUAUAGAUGAGAAUAUUUUGAUGCUAGCAGAAAACAAGCUACAGUUGGAUCAAUCUAUUAGCAACGAACCAAAUGAAUCCAAAUUCGAAGAGAAGGCGUCUUCUAUGUUUGAGAAGCUCCUCUUCGGUGGUUGA